UAUCAUUAAAACACUCACAAAAGCGCGAGGCCUUACUUUCCUCUUGAUGAAAUUGGCAUUAUUAUUAUGAAGGGAGAAACUUUAGGGUCAGCACGAGGCGACAUGUCUGGUGAAGAUCUUGUGUCAGUGGAUUAUGAAGUGUUCGGUAGAGUCCAGGGUGUAUUCUUUCGGAAAUACACGCAGGCAGAGGGGAAGAAGCUGGGCCUGGUUGGCUGGGUCCAGAACACCAGUGCUGGAACAGUGAAGGGGCAGCUACAGGGGAAACGCUCCGGAGUUGAGGAGAUGCAGGCAUGGCUGAAGUCCACCGGCAGCCCCAAAUCCAAAAUCCAAAAGGCCGAGUUCAGGAACGAGAAAACAGUGGAGAGACUGGAUCAUUCAUCUUUUGACAUUGUCAAGUGAAUUUGCUCUGAAGCUAUUUAUUUAUUUUCAUUUUAGCCUGUGCUGCAGUGUAUAAUAAUGUGUGGUCAAUAACACUGGCUGUUCUUACUCCACAGCCCUGAAUUCGUUCAGAAAUACAUAAAACAAGAGGUGACUAUU